CAGGUUGUGAACUAUGGUAAUGAUGCAAUCACCAAUGUCUGAUUGCGGGCAACCGGAAAGCCCUUCGCUCUCGCAGCCGAAUUCGCCGCCCGCCUCAACCGAGCUGGCCUCCCACUCGCCCAAGACAAUCCUGCUGAAGGGAGGCGGCGGUGUCACGCACAACACCACCACCACCACCACCACCGCAACAAUCACUACCGCCCCGACAGCGAACGGUUCGGAAACGGAACCGGACGGUGCGAAUACGCUGCUGCUGCGUUUCGCCGAGGAGCGGCGCCUAACGCUAACUCCAUCGGUCCAGCAACAGCAGCAGGAGGCGGCCAGCAAGUGUGGCACGUUUCUGGAUCUGCGCGCCAACAACCACAGCACCAGCAGCAACAGCAACAGCAGCACCAGCAGCACCGAACCGCUGGAUGGCGAACACGAGCAGGCGGAGGCAGAAAUGUUUACCGACCAGGUGGACCCGAAGCAGGGCGACUAUUUGCCGGUGACGGAGCUACCGCAGCACCAGCAACCACCGCAACACCAGCAACCGACCGAUCGGGCGGUGAAGUUUUCGAUCGAACGGUUGAAGCAUCUGGCGGAUGGGCACGCACUAGCGGUGCGUCACCAUCCACUGCACCAUCACCAGUCGGCGGCCGAGCAGCUGGUGCUGGCCGCUGCCGCCGGUGCCCAUUUCCCACCCGGUGCGCACCCCACGAUGGGUGGCUCGGUGGUGUCUGUGAUACCGUCCGGUUCGGUGUUGCCACCGCUACACCCAGCCGUCCUGCAUCCAGUACAUCCGCCCCACCCGUCCCAUCACACGCCGGUGGCGGCUGGCGUUGCACCGUUGCAGCCGUCCUCGUGCUUUCCGCAUGCGUCCGCAUCCGCCCCGUCGCACCAGCCCCAUCCCCAUCAACACAGCCACCAUCAACGCCACCAUCAGGCGGCGGUAGCGGCAGCAGCUGCGGCAGCCGCAGCAGCGGCAGCAGCGGCCGCUGCCGCCGCCGUCGCGUCCGGUUCCGGCCCGGCCCAACCGCAACCUCAACAUCCACAGCAGCAGCCAUCGCCGCACGAUCCCACGGCCACCCCGCACCAGCAUCCGGGCCACCCGUUCGCUAUCAAAUAUCCGGCGGGCAGCGCGUCGCCGACCGAUCUCGAGAUCGAACGGUUCAAGAUAGCGCGCACCGCGAUCAACAAUACGGCCGCGUUUGCCGCUGCCGCCGCCGCCAAGGAGCUGUCCGACAUUGGGUUCAGGAUACAGCUGCAGGACGGUGGUGGGCAGCAUCACAGUGGGUACGCGCGCAGCGACACUAGCGAGGAGCUAAUCGUGGACGGAAACGAGGAAAGCUCACAGGACGGAAUCUCGGGUUGCCCGGUGGAUCUGACGCGCUCGAUGGAAAAUGGGGCCGAUGCAAAAACGCACGCUAUCCGCGAUACGGACAAGGAGGCCGCCUCGAAACGGUUAGCCUUCUCGGUGGAGAACAUACUCGAUCCGAACAAAUUCAACGGCAAGCACAGUGUGGCGACAUCCGGUGUCGCACCCGUUACGGUCGGCGGUAUCUUCGGUGCGAAGCUGAACGGGGGUGGGAAAAUGGUGGCUGCGCUCGGUGUUGCCGCUGCUGCUGCUGCUGCUGCUGUCAACAGUGCCGGCGGCAACUACGCCACCAACAACAACAACUGCACGGUUAACAACAACAAUAAUAACAACAACAACAACAACAACAACAGCAUCAACAACAAUGCAAAGUUCUGGAGUCAGGCCGGGCUGGAGCGGGACGAUAAGUUGGACGACGAUCACAGCGAUUCGCGCUCCGUUAAGGAUGUGAACGAUAUCGACCAGGAUGACAUGGGCGAUGACACGAUGGGCAGCGAUAUGGACGACCAUGCCAGCGAAACCGACUCCAAGAAGGAUGGUACGAACAAUCGGGGCGGUGAUGGAAAGUCGCAGGGUAACAGCUCCAAACCUAGACGUGCUAGGACGGCGUUCACUUACGAGCAGCUGGUUUCGUUGGAGAAUAAGUUCAAAACGACGCGCUACCUGUCUGUGUGCGAACGGCUCAAUCUGGCUCUCAGCUUAAGUCUUACCGAAACACAGGUGAAGAUCUGGUUCCAGAAUCGUCGGACAAAGUGGAAAAAGCAAAACCCGGGCAUGGACGUCAACAGCCCAACGGUACCACCGCCGAACAGUGGCGGCUCGUUUGGGCCGGGUUCGUACGCCAGCAGCCUGCUCUAUCCACAUGCCAUGCCGUACCCUCCGUACGGACCCUACUUCCAUCCACUCGGCGGUCAUCAUCUUGGCCACUCGCACUCGUAAUCGGGCGGUUCAGCUUCCUCCAUCAUUUCUGGUUGUGCAAUAACGAUGCCCU